CUAGCUUGGCAGCCAUGUUGAUCAUUGCCUGCUGUGAAUCACAAAAGUGGCAAUGAAAAUAAAGCAGCAGAAGAUCCAUAAAUCGACAUAGAAGAUCUUGUAAACAUACAUUAUAUGUUUAAUAUGUCAUCUUUUUAAAAAACGUGAAGGGGACUCAGGAUUCCUCCCUGAAAGUGUUAAGGAACCAAUCAUUAAGGGCAUACAUUAUUCAUAAAACAUGAAAAUUCAAUGAGAAGUUUUGCAUGACUAGCCAUGGGGCUCAACAAUAUCAAUGAGGAAAGAUUCAAUACUGCAUUUUUCUGCCAGAGUUGAUGCACCAAAUCAAAGUCAAAUCUUUUCAAAUUAUCAUGAAAUGAAGGAUACCAACUGACAAAGGGAAGCUGCUAAAUAAAAAAGAAAUCUACCAGAAAUUACGUCAAGGUCAUGAUCUAACAUCCAACUUCUAUUAUCAAGUGAUACAAAAUUGCUCAUGAUCUACACAGAAUAAAUCAGUUGGUCUGAAUUGUUUUCCCUUGAACAUUUUUCAAUCUGUGAACAGAGCCUGCCCUAAAUCAUGGUCAGUAAAUGAGCAUGGGGCAGAAAGUAUCAGGUGGAAUAAAAACGGUUUCAGCACGAGAUUCCUCCUACAGAACCCUCUACCGAGGUGAAAUGGUGUACAACCCCGAUUAUCAGAAGCCUGCCCGGCUGGACAUGCUCCUCGACAUGCCGUCCCCAAACAAAGACUCCCAAGUCAACCAUUCCUGGAAUCCGGAUGACAGAUCUUUAAACAUAUUUGUGAAAGACGAUGACAAGUUAACGUUUCAUCGUCAUCCCGUUGCUCAAAGUACAGACUGCAUACGUGGCAAAGUAGGGUAUACAAGAGGACUUCAUGUGUGGGAAAUCAUUUGGAGCACAAGGCAGCGUGGGACCCACGCUGUGGUAGGCGUGGCUACGAGUGAUGCGCCCCUACACUGCGUUGGUUAUCAGUCUCUUGUGGGCAGUAAUUGUGAAUCUUGGGGAUGGGACUUGGGAAGGAACAAACUUUACCAUGACGUUAAAAAUAAUCCUGGUGUAACAUAUCCUAGUCUGUUGAACUCAGAUGAAAACUUUGUAGUACCAGACAGUUUCUUGGUUGUAUUGGACAUGGAUGAGGGAACUCUCAGUUUUGUGGUGGACGGCCAGUACCUCGGUGUAGCCUUCAGAGGACUCAAAGGGAGAAAACUGUAUCCAAUUGUCAGUGCCGUGUGGGGUCAUUGUGAAAUAACAAUGAAAUAUUUAGGUGGACUGGAUCCGGAACCUCUACCCCUGAUGGACAUCUGUAGGCGUACAAUCAGGCAUCAACUUGGGAAAAAUAGACUACAUGAAAUUCCUAGACUACCGUUACCAAAUCCUCUCAAAAGUUAUUUACUCUACCAGUCUUAGUACAUCAUCUUUGAGAAAAUCUUGUGUUUCUGUGAAUAUAUAUAUGUGUGUGUGUGUGUGUGUGUACUCCAAUCUCAUGGCUCUCCUGAGAUCUACAGAUCUGGUGCUUGGUAUUGGUGGUACAUAUACUGAAAAAUGAUCUACAGACAUUAAUAGAGAGAAUAGUGAAAGACAGGAUGGGGAGUAAAGAUGUUAUCAUGAAAGACAGGGACUCUAUCUGAGUUAAAGUCAUUCAAGUUUGAUCUCAAAUGAAUGUAAUAAUAUAUAGAUAUAGAAUAAUACAAGGGAUGGUGUGAACAGUGUUUUAAAAACCAAAUGCUAAUUCUGUUGGAAUGUUCAAAUUACUGUAGUAUGUCUAACAAGGGUGAAGAAAAGUUGGUAAAAUCAUUUUCUAAUCAAAUAAUUACAAAUGAAAUCAUGAAUUGUCUUUUGUGAUUCACAUUAUUUUGUAUGGCAUUUUGUAAAUUAUUCUCCAGUUCUUCAAACUUGGAUCUGCAGAUAUCUGUUUUGUAUUCCUUAUCUAUGUUACUUCAAGGGCCAUUAUGUGAACAGAAAUCUCAUUGUUGUAAGAGUGUGUGACUUUUUUUUAUGCUAGCAAUGUGGUAUUGUACAAAGAAUUUGUGAAAUAUGAAUUGAGUAUGAAUGAUAUUGUCUCAUAAUAUGGUAUGUGUGUUUUUUUCUCCCUACCCUUAAUGUGUUGCAAGUCUAGUCAAUUAUGGUGUUUUUACUUCCAUACAUUGAUGCAGUUUCACAACCUGUGUCCCAUGAAUUUAGAUGUCUUUAUAUAUUUAAAGAUUGAGAAAAGAGCUUUCUGAGAAAGCAGUGUGUGGCAGAUAGUCAUAAAAUGAGCAUGUUUUUGGUUUUAUUUGUUUUGGGGUAAGGGGGAGGGUCUCGAUAACAGAUGUAAACCUUCCAAUGCCUUUGUACUCUUUUUUUUUUUUUUCAGUUUGAGCACUAAAAAUGAUGAGAUAUUUUUUUUUUAUAUAUUUAUAUCCCUGUGCUUAUCAUUCCCCCUUUCAGAAAAGUAAGAAUGAGGUACAUUGAAUCUUUCCAAACUUUUUUACUUUAAAAUUAUCAAUGACACAAUUAUACAAAUGAAAUUUCUGCAGGUACUGGCACUCCUUUUCAACAAUAAAACAUACCUGUAAUCAAAUUAUAUUGCCUUAAAUUGCUUAUAAAUUGAGAUUUUUUUGGUAGGAAAAAGAUGUUACAUGAUUUUAGUUUUCAUGAAAUAAUUUAAAGGAUGAUGGGGAAAUAAAAAGAAAACCAAAACCAUGAAAUAAUUUUAUGUGUGAUGUUGAUUCCUUUAUCGUUGGUGUGAAACACAAUGUUUUAGAAGAAGAAUGGCUGAUUUUCAGUUCAAAUACGUCACUACAACUGCAGUGUCUUCAGUGGAAUUGUAUUUAUGCUUAAAAGUAGUCACUGAAAUAAUUUAACAGAGAAAUUGUAUUUGGAGUUUAGAUUUUCCAAUGUUUUGUUGACAUACUGGUAUAUCUAUCUGUGCUUCUUGGUCAGCUCUGUGUGAAUCAUUUGCUGCAACAUGUUAGUUAGUAUGAUGCAGAAACAAAAGAAAAGUAUUUGUUAAUCAAAUCUAAUACUGGUGAAAUCCUCGCACAGUGCUUCUGAAAUAUGGCUUCAUCCAAUCUGACAUGAUAAAUAUAGGGUUUAUAGAACUUCAAUAUGAUACAAAUAUUUCCUCAGUAUUUCCACUAAACUGCAGUUUUGUAUGGUGGGUUGUUUUUUAUUUUUGGUCACAAUACAAUAAAUUGUAUGAAUGUGAUUAGUACAUAAUUAUAAAUAAUUUAAGAACUAAUGGAAUUAAUGCUGAUCUAACAGAUCAAUGGAUUGUACAGUGGUACUUUGAUAAAUAUUAUGAUUCUUAUUUAUUGCUGUAGAUGUAGACAUUCUAUUUGUGCAUUGCUCUUCAUUUUCAGUGUGUGAUGUUUGGUAUAACAUGGUCCACCAUUUAUAAACAUUCAGUUGAUUAGCAAAUGAGUUUUAUUAGUAGAAAUGGUUACCGGUAAAUUCCAUUACAGAAAAUACAGGAUUUCAAAUGCAUGUACCGGUAAAUAUAUUUUGAUAUAUUUCCCUUUUACUGGAAAACCUUUUAUUGUAAAGAUUGUUAUAAUUUUUGUAUCAUGAAAACAUACUGCCGAUUUUUUAAAUUUUUUGGUUAAGUGAGAAUCAUAGUGCAUUUUUAAGAAUAUUAAAGCAAUGAUCAUGAAAAAAAAACUAUGUUGUGAAGUCCUUUGGCAUCACUGGGCUUAAUCCCAAGUAGAUGUUGUGGCAAUUUUGUAAUUUUAUGAGUUUCAUUUUGUGAAAGUCCUUUUUAGUCGCUUUUUAAAAUCUUGAGCUUUUAAACUGAAAUUUUUUAAAAAUUUGACCACUGGAGACUAUCAGAUUUCUCCAAAAGCAUACAUUUAUUACAUGUAGUUUUUUACAACCCCUGUUAUAUAAUGUUAAUAUUUGGAUUUUAAUUGAUAGCAAAGAUUUUAAAUGCAUGGGUAAUGAGACAGUUGAUGGAGUCUAAAUGUGUCUUUUAAACUUGCAUGCAGAGUAUAAUUCACGAAAAAGAUAAACUUCUAAGAUAGAUGAAUGUUUGUUAAGCAUUAUAUUUAUUUGCACAAAUCAAAUGUGCGGGCCAUAUUGCAUGUGUUUGUUUCAUUUGUUUCAUAAGUUUGUUUUCUUUGUAAAAGCAAUGGUUGUAAGACAAUUCUAGCCAAAUCUUAAUUGACAUAAUAAAUAUGAUGUGAAACUUAA